GUUGUCAUUGCAUGUCCAGAACCUUAUGCAUCAUCGAUGUUAUGCAACAAACAAGCUUAUCUAGAUAAAUGAUAUAUCCCAUUACCUAAGAUAAGAGCGCAAGGUUGAUUGAUAAACAUUCCCGACAUCAUCCAUCAUCCAUCACCUCAACAAACCGAAGCCUCGCCUCUCUACCUGUUCCACAUUCAGCCUCGCCACCACUGUCAAGAAACGCAUUUACCGCCCCCCUUUCAAUACGCCCCUCGAUAAUAUUAAGCAUCAUCCAAUCUACACCGAACGAACUUACACACCUAUUCACAUCACAAGCCAUGGCCGCACCCUCCAACAAGCCCGGCGACAAGCCCGCCGCCGAAGCCUCCAAGGAGCAGCCCCCGGCGCAGCAGAAGCCAGCUGCCGCGCUAGAAGAGGACGACGAGUUUGAGGACUUCCCCGUAGAAGAAACAGACUGGCCCGCAGAGGAGACCGAAGCAGCAGCGACGGCCGUGACGGGAGGCAACGGCACUACGACACAGCACCUGUGGGAGGAGAGCUGGGACGACGAUGACACUUCCGACGACUUUUCCGCGCAACUGAGAGAGGAACUCAAGAAAGUCGAAGCCUCGAAGCGAAGAUGAGACCGUAUUUACGGAUUAGGCGUUUUCCAGCACGAUGAUCAAGCAAUCAAGCAAGCAGGACUAGUAGCAUUGGGGUCAGGCCAUGACUAGAAAACCGAAAUGCAUUGUAUCUAUUCUCCAACGCUCUACAUUAUUUCGCCAGGUGUAGAGCAAACGAGCAAGGCUUUGAUUAAUAGAUUAGCAGACGUAGAGCUGCCAAGUAUGACACACUACAUAGAGACAUCCUUGCCUUCGUUGAUUCAAAACUUCUUUAUCCCUUAUUAGUCCAGAUCAAAAUCGAUAUUAUUUUCAA